CCCAGCUACUUGCUUUUAUUAAUACGGUACCGGUAGCUCUACAUGUAUUGGUAACUGGCCUUCAACAUUUGAUUUUUGGUUUGGCGAGCUGUUUGGCGAUGGAUUUUGGAUCUUUUUGGAUCUUUUUAUCUUGUCAGCACGACCCGACCCGACUCACUCAAGCUCGUGUUCUCGCUGCCGCUCUCGCCUCGAUAGUCCUACAUGUACCUGUGCCGUAGCUACCGGCAUGGUAGUUAGCCAGCACCAGGGUGCCGUACAAAGCUUCAAGCUGUGGCUUCUUCUCUGCUCGAUGAGAAAGAUCAGUGAGAAGAGAAAUCGUGCAUUAAGAUGGAGUCUCUUCCAGUCAAGGUGUACAUUCUUGCAGGCCAGUCGAAUAUGCAAGGACAGGCUCAACUGAGUACUUUGCCGUAUCUUGCCAUGGACCCGCAAACAGCCGAUCUUCUCCCAAAGAUUCAAACGGUCAAAGAUGGAACAACUUUGUUUCGGACGCUCGACAAUGUCUGGAUCUCGGCCAUUGGCUUUGAUCGAGCCGAUGAUCAAGAAGAGAGACAUGGAAAGCUGUCUGUGGGAUUUGGAGCCAAUCGGCAAAAACUUGGACCGGAACUCUUCUUUGGCGUUCGCAUGCAAGAAUUACUAGCAGUAGCAGACAACAAGCAACAACAACAGCAGCCCAUACUCCUCAUCAAGACGGCAUGGGGUGGCAAGUCGUUGCACACAGAUUUCCGACCGCCCAGUAGUGUCACACAACAAGAACAGCAAGCUGGAAAAUACUACAACAUGAUGAUCGCACACGUACGUCGCGUCUUGGAUGAUAUUUCGCGCAUCAUUCCAACCUACAAUCCCCAACAAGGGUAUCACUUGGCGGGAUUUGUAUGGUUCCAAGGAUGGAAUGAUGUCGUGGACCGAACGGUAUAUCCCAAUCGACACAAACCGGGAGGAUACGACGAAUACGGACGACUCUUGUCACUCUUCAUACAAGAUGUUCGAAACGAUCUGGACACACCAAGCUUGCCCUUUGUCAUUGGGGUGAUGGGGGUACAUGGGGCAUCGAUUGACGACAAUCAUUUGCAUGCCAGGUUUCGAAGGGCCAUGGAGAUUCCACUCAAAGACCAAAACAUGAAACGUGUCAUUGCGGUCAGAACAGAAGUAUUUUGGGAUGAAGAAAUUGCCGCACUCGAUGGCAAGUGGGGUGAAGCACAAGACAAGAUUCGUCAAUGGCAGCAAAACAAUAAAGAACUGUGCGAAACCAUGUCCCAGGAGGAACAACAACAAACGAUGGAUGCUCUCAAAGACGAGACAAUCUCACCCGAGGAACUGCAACUACUCAGCAUGGCCAAAUCCAAUGCUGGAUAUCACUAUUUUGGGUCUGCCAAAUUCUUUUGCCGCGUUGGAAUCGCUUUUGCAGAAGCACUCGUUAGGGAGGAGGAUGAGGAGAAAUCUUGAAAGUAAGCAACCACAACAAUUUCCGAGUAACAUAGCUGCCUUAUGCUUUUUUUCUGCAAGAGCGACUGUCCA